ACUUUUCAUUCCCACAACGGCAGUCACAUCGAAAACGCACCCGUCCAAAUUUUGUACUUGAAAAAAAAACAUCGUUUCAAGAAAUAUUUGUUUUUUAAUUUUCUUUUGAUUAUUAUCCUGUCGAAAUGGAAACUGUGCGAAACCGAAACCCUCCGCGGGUGAAGUACACCGCUCCACAGAAGGCGGAACCGGUCUCGAACUUCACCGAGAAGGAGAAGAAAACCAUUACCGAGCUGAAGCAGCUCUACUUGGAGACCAUUAACCUGGAUGUGGCUCUGCAGCGCGACAUUUACAAUAUCGAGAAGAAGUACGAGGAUAAGCACAACAUCAUAUUUGAUAAGCGCAAGAAGAUUCUAGAAGAGUUUAGGAAGCAAAACCACGGUGACGUGGAAACCACUCAGAGCGUGCCCAACUUUUGGCUGAGGGUUCUCAAAGCAUCGUACACCGAGUUCAUCAGCAAGAGGGACGAGAAGAUAUUAGAGUGCUUAAGCGACAUCCGUUCUCGGCUCUACAACGAACCCGUGGUGAAGUUUGACAUCGAGUUCCACUUCGAUCCCAAUGAUUACUUUACCAACAAGGUGCUGACCAAGACAUAUUUCCUCAACUGCCUGCCGGAUCCAGACGAUCCGCUCGUAUACGAUGGCGCCGAGAUCUACAAGUGCGAGGGCUGCGUCAUCGACUGGAAGCAGUCCAAGGACCAGACCAAAACCGAAAAUCAAGAGCCGUCGUUCUUUGAGUUCUUCUCGCCGCCCCUUUUGCCGGAAGAUACCCUUGACCCCAACUACUGUGGCGUCAAUGCUAUGCUCCAAAAUGAUUUUGAGGUGGGCUUCUACCUGAAGGAGCGCGUUAUUCCCAAGGCGGUGAUCUUCUUCACCGGCGAGAUUUCCGAUUGCCAGAGCACCAGCGGAUCGGAGACCGAGUCGGACGAUACCGAGGACGAGUCGGAGGCCGAAGAGGAGGAUGGCGUCGACAAGUAAACAUGAAAAGCGUUCAGUUUU